AAGAAUGAUUAUGUUGCGAUCUUGCUAUUCAGCAUUCAUUCUUGUUAUCACAAUAUUCAUCAUUAUCAGAAAAAGACUCGGGAACUUGAUGUAAGAUAUGGCGAUGCUGGCAUUCAAAAAAUCUUGUUCGAGGCUAUACGAGCCGGGGCGAAUGACAAACAAUCCUUUGCCCAGACUGUGGCAGUGAAAUGGUAUCAUUUCAGCAUUUAUUUGCAUUCAGUCAACAGGUAUAUAAACGGCUCGAUCAACGCAUACAUUGCACAAUUAUCUCCCUCACCUUGAUCGAGACAUCUUCUCGCUGGCAAACUCAGUCUAUCUUCAUUUAUAUUCUUUUUCAAAGAAGUACACUCUAUCUAUUCGUACUCUGAUCUUACGCUAUCUGCCUUUCUGCCAUCACCAUGAGAUGUGCAACGGCGGUGAUUUUACUUGUUGCUAUUUUGCAACAAGUAACUUACGUCCAUGCAAACAUUCCAACAAUUUCAAACGAUGAGCUUGAACAGACAUGGCACAAACGUUUAGGAGGAGCAGGAGCAGCAGAGGCAACCUCGGCUGCAACACAUGCUGCUGAAGCAGGUGCCAAAGUUGCAAAAGCUUCACAUCAUGUCUCUCGUACAGUGGCCGGUGCAAUCACUGCUGCUGCUGCCACACUGGGUUUUGGCGGUGGAAUUGCAGCUCACAAGUAUCACAGCGACCGUAAACAAGCUCAAAAGCUCAGUUUGAGAAAUGAACCUCCAAUGAAACGUGACAGUCUUGAUGAUGACUUUGAAGUACGAUUUAACAAACGCGGCAAGCCUAUUCCUGUAAAGAAAGUGAUUGCAAUUGCUACAGGAGCGGCUGCAGGUGGUGCAGGAGUAGGCGCUUUGGGUCAUUCUCUCUACGAAAAGGACAAAGCCAGAAGAAAAGGAAUUGCUGCUGUCAGUGCUUCUGAAUCCGGAUCGCCAAUGAUGAAAAAACGUACGUUCUCAGAGUUGGAUAAUUUGCCUUUUGAAAGACGUGGAAAGCCAUUUACAGGACCCCAAGUCGCUGCAAUUGCAGGAGGUAGUAUUGCUGCUGGACUUGCUACUGGUAUCGGUGUUCAUGCAAUGGUUCAAGAUCACAAUACUGUCAGAAAAGUUCGAAAUGGUGAACUACCAAUGAAGCGAUUCGAGAAAGAAGAAAAUGCAAAUAUCUUGCUCAAACGUAGUCCUGGUCAUUCGGUCAUCAGUCCAAGAGCUGCUGGUAUCAUUGGAGCAGCAUCAUUUGCAUCUGGCGCAGCUAUUGGCGGCUUAGGACAUAAAGCUUAUAGCACUCCAAAUCGAAGUAUGCCAAUGAGUAUGUCACAAGGACCUCCUCAAGGUCCUGGUCCGAUCGAACGUGGUUUCGAGGAUGGUGAACGACUUGUACGUAGAGCAAAUCUCAAAGCAUUUCAGCAAGGUGCAAAGAAAUUCCUUGAGACCAAACACGGACCACAUGUCGCAGGAGGUGCACUUGCACUUGGUGUUACAGGAGCUGCUUUUGCAGGUGGGCAUGCAUUGGGUCACCAUAGCGAGCGCAAUCGUAUCGAUCGAUUCCAAGCCGAACAGCAACAAGGGGGUGGUGGUGAAGGUGCAAUGAUGAUGGUUAAACGUGCUGGAAUAAAUGAAGCAUUCAAACACGCGGGUGCAUCUUUGAAAGGAGGUAUGACAGCCUUGCAUGGCAAAGUAGGCAAGAAUGGUUUGAUUGCGGGCGGGACUGCCGCAGGUGCGGUCGCUCUCGCAGGAGUCUCUUAUGCAACUGGACGUCAUCAAGGAAAGAUUAGUAACAUUGAUGAUCACAAGUCAAUGUCAAUGGGUCCUUCUGCAGGUGGCGGUGGCUCUUCCAUGAUGUACAAGAGAGGUAUACUCGUAAAUCACCCCAAGGCUGCAACAGCUCUUACUCUUGGAGCUACAGGACUCAUCGCUGCAGGUAUCGGAUCAACUUCAGGCAAAUUGCACGAACAACGCAAGUUGAAUGGGAUGAAUCAUCAUCUCCCAUCAUCAUCAGCAUCAAUGAAAUCAUCAGCCGGUGCAACAGCUAUGGGCUUAUCAGAAGGUGGAGCAGAAGGGCGAAUGAUGAAGCGUGGAGAACAUGACAAAGCAGCUCGAGUGCUGCCACCAACAAGUUCCGAGGUUGAAGAGGCCGUGAAGAAAGGUAAGCCAAGACGAUCGAGAGUGAAGGAAGUUUAUUCACCAAGCUCACAUCUCACACCUACAGGCAGUACAGCUACCAGUAACUCAGGUGGCUCAGUAAGCCAGCAUGCUUCCGGCGCAUCUUCAAGUCAUUCAAGCGGCAGCAAAGUUCUCGAACAUCAACAUUCUACAGCUUCCUCUAAAGGCCUUUCAGGCGUAGCUCAUCAAGCUGAACAUGCAAGUAGCGGAUCAGCAGCUGUCAAAGCAGGCGAAAAAGCUGCCGCAAGUUCUUUGAAAAAUUUCCAUGUGACCGGUAAGCAAGCUACAAUUGCUGGUGGCGUUUUGGCUGUUGCAGGUGGUGCAGGAUUAGUGGCUCAUCAUUUAACGAAAUCGAACAAUCACAAAAUGAAUGGAGUAUCCGCUGGCACAGUCAUGCGAAAGAGAAGUGAAUCUGUUGGUGACGAACUCUUGCAAAAACGUAGUCCAGGUCAGCUUAACAAAGCUUUGCUCGUCGUUGGAACGGGCGCUCUUGCAGGCGGAAGUUAUUUGGCUGGAUAUGCUACUGGAAAGCCAGCGGGCGUAUCCAAAGCUGCACAGCAUGAAAUGAAGAUGCGCAACUCUGGCGGCGGAAUGGGCGGUGGUAUGUACAAACGUGCAAUUGCAGAAGCAGAAGUGGAAUUUGCUAAACGUGAAGCGAUAAACGGCAAAACUGCUCAAAAAGCUGUCAUGGGAGUUGGUGCUGCAGGUUUAAUGAUCGGCGGAUACCUUGCUGGUAGGAACCACGGCAUGGAACGAGGACAAGCAGAUUACCAUACUCAAAAGCUUUCCCGUGGUGGUGGCGGCGGAUAUUACAAGCGCUCUAUUGAUGAAGUACAAAUGGUAAAGCGUGGACCGCCAAUGAGAAUACACAAGAAAAUUCUUCUAGCUGCUGGUGUUGCUACUGCUGGUAUAGGUCUAACUGUACCUGCUUACAAAUUCGGCAAAAAGGACGGCAAACAUUCUGCACGUAUGGCAAGACAAUCGUCAAUGCAAGGCAUGUCUGCACCAAUGGAUAACAGUCCUGCGCCUAUGGAGAAGAGGGAGACCCACAAAAAGACUUACGAAUUGGGCAAGCCACAACAGUACGGUAAAGGUAACAAGUUACCUUUGCGCUCCGAAGUAGAUGAUAAGAUGUUGUACUGAAGUCUGUGUUGGGAUCGUGACCUUGUGCUGUUCAUUGAUUCACUAUCUAUUUCUAGAGUCAUACUUUCCUUGCUUUUGCUCUUAUUUCAUACGAUCGGUCCCCUCUGAGCUUUCAUCUUUUUUUUUUGUAUGUAACCAAUCUUUUGUUUCAAUUUAUUC